UUUAUUUGAAUAGAGAAAACUGAUACUAGCCAUAUGCGACAGGUUGGAUACUACCUGAAGGAGGAAAAGAGCUGGUCACCAGAGACAGAAGAGUUGGAAAGAGCCUACCGUGAGGCUGCGAAGACCUGCAGACCUCGAGCCAUCGUUGUAAUUAAUCCCGGAAACCCUACUGGCCAAGUUUUAACAGAGGAGAACAUAAUGAAUGUCAUAAAGUUUGCUCACAAGCACAAUUUGUUCAUUCUCGCUGAUGAGGUCUAUCAAGACAACAUUUAUGAGGGAAGCAAGUUCUACUCAUUUAAGAAAACGAUAGCUCAAAUGGGCUCUCCUUUCAGUGAAGUUGAGUUGGCAUCCUUCAUGUCGUGUUCAAAAGGAUACAUGAAUGAAAGUGGCCUGAAAGGCGGGUAUGUGGAAGUUGUGAACAUGGAUCCCCAGGUGAUAAGUAUGUUGGUAAAGAGUUUUUCUGCUAGACUAUGUUCCGGCACAGAUGGCCAGGCAGCAUUGUACUGCAUGGCUAAUCCCCCUCAGCCAGGAGAGCCUUCCUACGAGCAGUUCAAGUCAGAGAAGGAAGGAAUAUUCAAGUCAAUGGCAGCCAGAGCCAAGAUGGUUUCUGAUGGCCUCAACGGUAUCCCCGGAAUAAGUUGUAAUGCAGUGCAAGGAGCUAUGUGUGCCUUCCCUCAGGUGAAAAUACCAGAAAAAGCUGUAGCGAAGGCCAAGUCAGAUAAUAAAUGCCCUUCAACCUUCUAUGCUAUCCAAUUACUUGAAAAAACAGGAGUCUAUGUUGAUCCAGGAUCAUUCUUCGGUCAAAAACCUGGCACUUACCAUUUCAGGAUCACAAUUCUAUCCGAUUACGACAAGUUGAAAUUUAUAUUGAAAAAAAUAAAGGAAUUCCAUUUGAAGUUCUUGGAGGAGUAUAAAUGAGUCAAUUGUGCUCUUUACUGUAAUAAAUAAAAAUGUUGAAACUGAGA